UUCGAUCUCUUUGUGCAUACAUUACACAUAAAAUAGAAAUGGCUUCCACAGGUUUCUUGUUGGUGACCCCUGUGCUUCUCCUGUCACUCAUAGUUAUUGCCUCUGCAAACGAUUAUGGAUAUGCCCCGAAGCCAAACUAUGAGGAAAAACCAAAACCCGAAAAUAAACCUCUUCCCACAAAACCAGACUAUCAUUGGAAACCAAAACCCGAAUGGUUUAACAAGCCUCUUCCUAAAACACCAUAUUUUGAGAAAUCAAACCCAGAAAAAGAGGAUACGCUACUCCCGACAAUCAUUGGUAUUCAAGGGACUGUUUUAUGUAAAUUAGGCUCGAAGAUCUUCCCACUUAAAGGAGCCAUUGUAAGAAUAACAUGUCUAGGUAUUGAUGAGAAAGGCUACGAGACAGCUCCUUUCUCUAUACUGACUCAUGGAUGCGAUGAAAACGGCUACUUCUUUGCAACAUUAUCAGGGCUUAAAAAUAAUUGGAAACUUAAGGAAUGCAAGGCAUUCCAAUAUUAUUCUCCAUUGGAAACUUGUAAAGUUCCUAUUGACGUUAAUCACGGUAUAAGUGGUGAUCUCCUAUCUUCGUAUCGCAUCCUCAACGACAAGCAUACCAAGUUGUACUCUGUGGGGCCUUUCUUCUACACCUCAGAAUCCCAGUCAGCCCCCGGUGGUGGUGGUGGUGGUUAUUAGAGAACAUAUAUUAUUUGCCUAUAUAUAGGCUAUAUGUUAAUUGUUUUGUUUUUGUUUCUUUUCUUUUUUUAAUUAGUUUCUCAAGUGGAGCUUUGUGAAAGGUGGGGGAUUGAGUUUUGCUGUUUAUUACAGAUUUUUAUUGGUGGUAGGAGAUUAAAGCCUCUACCAUCUGGGAGAUUUAUAAUAAUUAAGACUUGCAUGUUGAAUUAAUAA